AACCUUGCCACGUACCAUUCUCCUCGACAUCCAGCUUGACGCACACGACUCGAAACAAUCAGGUCGCAGCAAUGGCAGACUCGACGACGGAAAUUGAUCUUGACUCUGUUAUUGACCGGUUGUUGGAAGUAAGAGGCAACCGACCUGGAAAGCCUGUUCAACUACAGGAAUACGAAAUCAAAUAUUUGUGUACUAAGGCUCGAGAAAUCUUCAUCAAUCAGCCUAUUCUACUGGAGUUAGAAGCACCCAUAAAGAUUUGUGGUGACAUCCAUGGCCAAUACUAUGACCUACUACGUCUCUUUGAAUAUGGAGGCUUCCCACCAGAAGCCAACUACCUUUUCCUUGGAGACUACGUCGACCGGGGGAAACAAUCACUCGAAACUAUUUGUCUCCUGCUCGCAUACAAGAUCAAAUAUCCUGAAAAUUUCUUCAUUCUCAGAGGCAACCAUGAAUGCGCCAGUAUAAAUCGAAUCUACGGAUUCUACGACGAGUGCAAGCGUCGAUACAAUAUCAAACUAUGGAAGACUUUCACAGACUGCUUUAACUGUUUGCCUAUUGCCGCGAUUAUCGAUGAAAAAAUAUUCACCAUGCAUGGCGGCCUCAGUCCCGAUCUACAGUCGAUGGAGCAGAUACGGAGAGUCAUGAGACCAACAGAUGUCCCCGACACCGGUCUAUUAUGUGAUCUCCUCUGGUCAGACCCCGAUAAAGACAUAACUGGGUGGUCAGAGAAUGACCGAGGAGUGUCCUUUACGUUCGGACCGGACGUAGUCUCUCGGUUCCUACAGAAACAUGAUAUGGACCUUAUUUGCAGAGCUCAUCAGGUCGUCGAGGACGGAUACGAAUUUUUUGCUAAGCGACAUCUGGUGACGUUGUUCUCGGCCCCAAACUACUGUGGAGAAUUCGACAACGCUGGAGCUAUGAUGAGUGUAGACGAAACUCUACUAUGUUCGUUCCAAAUUCUCAAGCCUGCCGAAAAGAAAGCGAAGUAUCCAUACGGCGGCAUGAACAUGGGACGGCCAGUGACACCACCGCGCAAACAAAAGAAGAAGGACAGCAAGAUGGGUUGAGAGGGAGGGGGCUUAAGCCCUUCCAUUCUCAAUCGCUUCUUCGUCAGGAUCCGUCUUUUCUUUGCGUUUGUUGGUCUUUGUUUUUGUGGAGUGCCCGAUAAGAUUAGUUGCGUGUACACAAUGUGAAAGUGGGAUAGUGUCACAAGUCUAGAAAGCAGGCGGGUGCUGUUGUACCAUGAUUGUACUGUCUUAACAGGAGCAUACGCAGGCCUGGGUGCAAGUGGGUUGGGAGGAGGGUGAAAAAGUAUCAGAAUUCGGCAAGAAAGGAUGGACUGUUCUGGGCAGAGUGUCGUUUGAAAUCUCUCAUCCGCCUCGCCAUUUCAACGUUCUUACAUAUCUAUCCAAUCCAUGGACCUAAUAUCCUGAGCACAAAUUCCCCAUCCUUUGCUAUCCACCGCCUCCAUGAUUUCGAUUUGACUCGUCGUAAUCUUUACCUUGUGAUUAUAGUGCACUUCAUACCGGUCUCUCCCCAUGUGUAUAGUUGGCAGUGAAUCUGGGAGCCCAUGGGCACCUUUUCUGCAGUUUUCCUUUCUGGUGUUUUUUUAUUAUUGCUAAAUCCCUCCUUGCACAUAGUGUUUCCCAUUCCCCUUUUUGUGAUAAUAGGCUAUCAUACAUUUGACUUAUCCCUUUC